AUGCUAGAUUUUUCUUCUUCUAAUAUGUUUCCAACUAUGAGUAGUAUUGGAUGGUCCUUUGAAGAACCACUUAGCUAUGAUGAUCACCAGAAAAAUACGACAAUAAUAACUACGCCUCAGUUCCAAACUGAUCAGACAAUUAACGAGUUGUUCAAAGGUUCACGUAUUGAUAAUACUAUUGAUUUUCCUUCAUCUCAUCAUCACCAACAACAAUGUUUGAAAGAAAGUGAAUUCGAUGUUGAGUUAGGAGUAGAAAGGUCAUUAAUGGAGAAGAAGCUAAAUCAUAAUGCAAGUGAACGUAAUAGAAGGAAGAAGAUGAAUUUCCUUUAUUCAACUCUUCGUUCUUUGCUUCCUACUCCUGUUAAUCGUCAUCAAAAGAAAAAGUUAAGCUUUCCAGCAACGGUAUCCUAUGUGCAAGAAUACAUACCAGAGUUGAAGAAAGAAAUUGAAAGGCUAAGCAAAACAAAGGAUUUGCUUUUAUCAAAGAAAUCAAAUUAUUCAUUAGUCCAAAUUGAUGAUAAUCAAAGAAAAUUAAUUAUGAGUGGAACUUGUUCAGAAUCUUCAACAACAUCAAUUUGUGCAAGUCCAUUAUGUAAUGGACAAGUUUUGGUACAAAUUUCAACAACUAAAGAAAAUGAUUUUCCAAUUUCAGAAGCAUUUGGAGGUUUAGAGGAAGAUGGACUAAUUUUGCUAAAUGCAUCAUCCUUUAAAUCUUUUGGGGACAAGAUUUUUCGUAGCUUGCAUUUUCAGAUGCAAGGGCCAAUAGAAAUGGAUAUUCAGAUUCUGAAGAAAAAGCUUUUAGUAAUGUGUGAAGAAAAGAAGAAAAAAAACAUAUAUAGUUUAACUUAG